AUGCCCCCUCCAUGGAGAAUCCCCAUCCUGUUCUCUUUGGAUUCUCCCUCUGCUAGGCUUGCACUGUGCGGCUAUCUUGAGGUUGCCCUUACAGACUCCGACAAGAGUGACUCUGAUGCAGGCUCUGAUGGCGACUCUGGUAACGGAGCCAGCGGGUUGGGCACUGGAGGGAAUUGGAGUGCGGGAGGAGGACUGAGUGAAGCAAAAACCGCGGAUGAUAAGUUGCUGACUACUGACGAGAUCGCUGAGGCGCUUCCCUCGCUGGAAUGA